AUGUCCGAUAACACACUAAAAAAUUGGAUGGAAUAAUUAAAUGAUCUUUUAGAAGUUCUAUGUUAAAAAGUAUAAGAUUGUUUUGAUGAAAGUGUUUAUUGUUAACAUAAAGCAUAAGAAAGUAUAAUUAAAGAUUGGAAUAAAUAUUUGCCAUAAAAUUAACUCUCUUUUGAUAAUCAAGAUGUUUUUCUAAUGAAACACACAAAUGAAAAAUUUACAUUAAGAUAAUUUGUUUUUUAGAGAAGAUAUGAAGAAUAAAUAUAUGAAGUUAAAUUAUUUGAUAGUAUCUCGGAAGCAGAAAUACCAUAAGGAUAAUAUCAAAAUUAAAUUUUUGAAUUCUUUAUGAUUGAAAAUAAUGCACUUCUUUUAAGUAACAAUAUUCAUAUGAUCAAUAGUAAAAUAAUCAAAUAAAGCAAAUACAAAUAGAUCUGAAUAAUAACCUACUAUGAUAAUAAAAGAAGUUUAUACAGGAUUUAUAUAAGAAAAUUAAUUAUGGCUUUCUUUGAUAAAAAAUAUUGGUCUAUGUUAAUAAGCAGCAUUUCAUCCACUGAAUCCUAAUUACUUAGUGAUUUUAUAAACAUCUUAAGAUUAGAAUAGAUAACAUACCUUUCAAAAGUAUAAUUGUCAUAAAGAAUAAUAUUUAAUGGUAUAUUCGAUUAAGAACCCUCGACAACCAAUUGUUAGAAUUAAUUUGAAUUAAGCUAUGAAUGGAAAUGCUUUAGCCUUUUCUUUUUCUUAAGUUGAAGAUCAAAAUUAAUUCCUAAUAUACUUUAUAAAUAAUUAAGGAAUCAUUUAUUAUUAUGAAUUAAUUCUUCAUGAUAUGGUUUUUAAAUUGUAAACUAAAAUGUAUUUACAAACAUCAAAAUAAGAAUUAAUUUAAUUUGUCAAAGAAAGACCUGAUAAAGAUUUUAAAAUUAACUAUGAUAUCACUAGUUAAGAUGAUUAUCAAAAGGGAUGUAUCAAAUUUAAAUCAUUUUAAAAUUCCAAUUACUAAUUUCCUAAAAGUACUUACAUUUUAUUUUAGAAAAUGUCUAUUAUUGAUUAUCAUUUAUUCUUUAUCAUUUCUAAACAGUUAAAUGAAAAUCUUUUUGUUCAAGUACUUAUUGGAAAAGAUUUAUAAAUACUCUUUGAAAUAUUUUAAGAUGAAGUUCAAUUUCAAAAAUAGAUUGAUAAUAAUGACUACAUAAUAUCAAAUCUAAAUAAGAAUUAAUAACCGAAAAUUAUAUAUUAAAGUGAUAAUGUAACUCAUAUAGUUCAAAAUUAAUUAGAUUUUCCAAACAGAAAUCAACUCCUUAUACUAUAUCAUAAUUCAUUAAUAUCUAUUGAUUAUUCUAAUGUAAUUCAAUUUAAAUAAGAUUAAUCUCCUAUAAAUGUUACUUGUAUUGAUCUAAUACCAUUUGCAAAUAAAUAUUAAGAUUAAUCUAAUUCAGAACCACUCAUUCUUUAAGUAUUAUGUUUGGAUCUUUAUAAAUCUAAAUAAUUACUUCUUAGAAUCACAAAUAGAACUUAAAAAUAAACUUUUAAACUUUUGCCUCAAAAAUUGUUAUUAAGUUUAACAGAAUAAAAUUUAGAAGCCAAUAAAUUUGCCUUAGAUUUUUAUAACGAAUAGAAUACUUAUCUGAUGAAUAAAAAAGCAUUAUAAAAAUUUAAAAAAUAUCUUGAAUAUAUUAAUUAAUAGAAAUUACCACAUUGUAAAACUGAAGAAGAAAUAAUUACUAUCAAUGAAGAACUAGCAAAUAAUUUUCAUUAAUCAAUUAAAGGAGUUGCAAUCAAAAUUAAAUUAGAAACUGAGAAUGUAAUAAUAAUUAUUUAAUUAUUCUAGAUGUAAAAUGAUAUUGAAAUUAAAAUGAAAGGAAACUUAACACAAUAGGAGAUAAGAAAUAUUUAAUUAUAAAGUAGAAUUUCUGAGAAAAAUGAAAAAAUACAUUCCCUAUUAGAUUAGUUGCAAUCGAUAUCAGCAUCUGUUAUUAGGCAAUAAUUGAUAAAUUCACAAAAACAAUAAGAUUUAGAUUAAUUUAAAAUUCAAUAUGAUAAUAUUCAAGAGUAAAUAAAAUAAAAUAAAUAAUAACUUGAAGAAUAAAUCUAAUUAAGUAAUCGAACAAAGUAAGAUAUCGAAGUUAUUUAAUCAAAUCUAAUUUAGAAAAUAUAAUAAAAAAAAGAAUGA